AUAAAAGAAAUAUAUAAAUUGGUAAACACUUCCGUUACAUAGUGGAAACGUUAUUUCAGGAUCUCACCAAACAAACUCGCUGUUCCACCAGAACCGCUGUCUCAGUCGCAAUAACCACUGUCCGGAGAAACAAUCAUCUUCAAGAAAAUGGGUAAAGGCGGAUCACUAAGCGAAGGCGUGAUCAAGAACAUCGUCCUCUCCUACACAUACGUAGCGAUAUGGAUCUUCCUCAGCUUCACCGUCAUCGUCUACAACAAAUACAUCCUCGACAAGAAAAUGUACGACUGGCCUUUCCCUAUCUCCCUCACCAUGAUCCACAUGUCCUUUUGCUCAACCCUAGCUUUCCUCCUCAUCAAGGUCUUCAACUUCGUCGAGCCUGUCUCCAUGUCACGUGACACUUACCUUAGAUCCGUUGUUCCCAUCGGCGCGUUGUACUCACUCUCCCUCUGGCUCUCAAACUCCGCUUACAUUUACCUUUCCGUCUCCUUCAUCCAAAUGCUCAAAGCCCUCAUGCCCGUCGCGGUUUACUCCAUCGGUGUCUUGUUCAAGAAGGAAGGUUUUAAGUCGGAGACUAUGGUUAACAUGUUAUCCAUCUCCUUUGGUGUCGCAAUCGCUGCUUACGGUGAAGCUAGGAUUGAUGUGUGGGGUGUGGUUCUUCAGCUAGGUGCGGUUGCGUUCGAGGCGACAAGAUUGGUUUUGAUUCAGAUCUUGCUUACCUCUAAAGGAAUCACGUUGAAUCCUAUCACUUCUCUUUACUACGUUGCACCAUGCUGCUUAGGGUUCUUGUUUAUCCCUUGGAUUGUUGUGGAGUUUCCUGUUCUUAGAGAGACCUCUAGCUUCCAUUUUGAUUACGUUAUUUUCGGGACGAAUUCGUUCUGUGCGUUUGCUUUAAAUCUUGCUGUGUUCCUUUUGGUGGGGAAGACGUCUGCUUUGACCAUGAAUGUUGCUGGUGUGGUUAAGGACUGGUUAUUGAUCGCAUUCUCAUGGUCGGUUAUUAAGGACACUGUGACUCCUAUUAAUCUUUUUGGUUAUGGGAUUGCCUUCUUGGGCGUUGCGUACUACAAUCACGCUAAGUUACAAGCGUUGAAAGCUAAAGAGGCUCAGAAGAGUGCUCAGCAGAUCGAUGAGGAGAGUGGUCGGCUUUUGGAAGAGAAGGAAGGUGGGAGGAAGAUUGAGCCAGAGGACUGAUUUUGUUUGGUGAAGUUUAUGAUUUUAUUUUAUUUGCUUUAACUUACAUUUUGUUUGAAUAAGAGCUUGAAGGGUUUAUAAGUAGAUGGAAGACAAGUUUUGGUUUAUGAUAAUGAGACCUAAGUAUUGCAAGUUGUCUUACAAUUUGCCUUGGUAGUGAAUCUGAGUUUAGGUUUGGUUGUUUAUGGUUAUGUUUUGUGUUAUUUAUCAACAUUUGUCAA